AAAAAGUAUGUACAGCACUGCAGUACAACAACAAAUUUUCUCAAAACAAGCAUAAAAAUUAAAUUAAAUUUAAAAUUUGCAAUAUUAGCUUAAAUCUACUAUAAUUCUGUUCCUAUAUUAGUUAAUUAUUCUUUAAAGUGUUCAUAGCAUUACUAACAAUCAAAAUAACAAGCAUAAAGCUACAGAAUCAAACAAUAUUAACAAUUUACAUGACAUAAAAAAUGCCUAAUGCUGUUCGAGUCAGUUUUCGUCUAUUCUUUCUCAUAUUGUUCAUCCUGAUUUCAUUCUUUUCACGCAUUCUACUCGUUUAAGUGCAUUUAUAUCCAUAAAUUAUCAUUUGAACAUUAACAAAGCAGUUUAUUUGAAUGAGAUCACGGCUAAGGAACAAAAAGAAAUUGAUUUAUUGAAAUGGCUUCACACGUUGGAAAUAUAAAUAACUACUACAGCUAUGGCUCAACGCAGGCACCUAUUAAUUUCUAUAGUGAGGAUUUUAUUGCUGGAUUUACAGGAGGAGGAUCAAAUCGAAUGUCCGUUGUUAGACGAUUCUUCUGUCUUUUUGUUACCUUCGAUUUAGUGUUUGUUGGCCUAUUGUGGGUGAUUUGUGUAGUCAUAAAUGGCGAGAAUAUCUAUAAAGCUCUUGAUGAGCAAGUUCUUAACUAUAACAUCGAAACAUCAUUAUUUGAUGUUGUCGGUGCCGCUGGAAUCAGAUUUAUAAUGUUAAUAUUUUUCUAUGGAAUGAUUCAAAUUAAUCACUGGAUCAUUAUUGCUCUCACAACGACGCUCUCUUGUGGGUUCUUAAUCGUCAAAGUAUUUUAUUUUAUAUGGCCUUCAAAUCAGCCUGUGUUUCAAGUCUUAUUAAUAAUCUGUUCGUUUGUGAUAAGUUGGUUUGAAUGCUGGUUCCUUGAUUCACGAGUAAUUCCACAAGAGGAAUAUUCUCGGACAUUAUCAUCAAUGCUACAAAGUUCAACACCGGAUUCGAGAACGCCACUACUUCCGCACUUUCUUAAUUCUCUGAGAGUUGGAAGUAUUGUUCAAGGACCUGAGAGUUCCCGUAACUUUUAUUCGCCUGCAGAAUCUGAUGACGAGGAUGAAGAGUUUAAGCAUUUAGGCCUUGAAACAGUGCAGAAAGCAUACGAAUUACUUGAAUCAAGUAACUGGAAGAUAGAAAAGGUUACAGGGUCUAAUGACAGUAUUUCUACAUGCUCACGAUCAGUGGGACGUGUUUAUAAAUUGUCAGGAAAAGUCAAUUAUCCACCAAAGAAAUUGCUCCAAGAACUGUUCUAUAACAUUGAAAGCUUCCCAGAUUGGAAUCCAACGUUGCUAGAAUCGAAAAUAAUUCGAAAAAUAGAUUCAAAUACCGACAUUGCUUACAGUGUAAGUGCAUCAGGAGGCGGUGGAAUCGUUAAGAGUCGCGAUUUUGUGAAUUUAAGAUGCUGGAAAUUGAUUAGAAAUUCUCAAGUUGUUGAGAACUACAAUAUCAACUCGUCCAUCUCAAAAUUCUCAUUUAAAUCACAUUCAUCGGAUGGUGACAAUGAAAUUUCGUCAGAUGAUGAGGAUAAUGACAAUCGCAAUAAAAGCAAUAAUGAGAAUAGGAAAAAGUCAUUCAAUGUAGUCAAUGAGAAGUCUCUUAAAAAGUCUGCAAGUGUCGAUAAUGUGAUAAAUGGAGUCAAUAAUGAGGAAUUAAAUGAACCGGUUCAUUUGAGUAAAAGCCUGGGAGCUAAAGAAAUCAUUGUGAGUGAGGAUGACGAGCCAUAUUCUGAUGCUCAAACAGACAUUCAGAAUGAUAGCAGCGAUGUUGUAGAUAAUUUAGAAAAUUGUAUAUUUGUAAGUGCUGCAAUGAGCAUUGAUUAUGCUUUAUAUCCACCAACUAAUAAAUACGUUCGAGGUGAUAAUCUCAUUUCGUGUUGGGCUAUGAGACAUGUACCAAAUGAGCCUGAAAAUUGUAUUUUUGAGUGGCUCAUGUGCAUCGAUUUGAAAGGAAGUUUACCAAAAUAUGUGCUUAAUGCAGCUUUUACCUCUCUUAUGACUGACUAUAUGGUUCAUCUACGGUCGCGUAUUCAGCAAUUAAAUGACGAGAAUAGUAACAAUCAGUGUGCCUGAAGUGGAGAAUGAAUAUUUCAAUAUUUUAUUUAUGAUGCCUGUUAGAACUUAAUAAAAUCUUAAUUUUUCUUCUUUAUUAUAUUUUACAUCAAGUCUAAUUAUACUUAUGAUUUCAAAAUUUUCUAUAAAACAUUUGAUAUAAAUUAAAGCAUGAUUGAAUAGAUUUUAUAAUUGAUGCAAUCGAAAAAUAGUGAAUAAAAUUCAGAUAAUAA